AUGCAAUUGCUGUUGCUUACAAGGGGUCAAGUUGUGUUAAGGCUAGCCAAGUUACAGCAGCAGACGAAAUAUAAGACAGUGACAGAUAACAAAGAGUUACAGCAGCAGACGAGAUAUAAGUUACAGCAGCAGACGAGAUAUAAGUUACAGCAGCAGUCGAGAUAUAAGUUACAGCAGCAGACGAAGUAUAAGUUACAGCAGCAGACGAGAUAUAAGUUACAGCAGCAGUCGAGAUAUAAGUUACAGCAGCAGACGAGAUAUAAGUUACAGCAGCAGUCGAGAUAUAAGUUACAGCAGUCGAGAUAUAAGUUAAGCAGAGACGAGAUAAGUUACAGCAGCAGACGAGAAUAUAAGUUACAGCAGCAGACGAGAUAUAAGUUACAGCAGCAGACCCAAUAUAAGUUACAGCAGCAGACGAAAUAUAAGAUGACAGACAAUACAAAGAGUUACAGCAGACGAGAUAGAAGUCACAGCAGCAGACGAGAUAGAAGUCACAGCAGCAGACGAGAUAGAAGUUACAGCAGCAGACGAAAUAUAAGACAGUGA